AUGCAGCAAAGUCCGGUUCUACGGUUGAGGUUGCACAAGCCGAAGACGAGGAAGAAGGUGUGCUGGACGACGGAAACCGUGGACAACGAACACAUGGACAAGAAAAAAUCUAAAUGUAAAUUCAGUCGAUUGUGUUCAGAGGCGUCGAAGGUGCGAAACCCGUUGGUCAUUGUCCCAGAAGAACCCAACGUCGCAGAUCAUCCCGCAAAUCCCAACGCUCCUCUGCGCGUCGCCCCAGAAUUUCGUCCCCGGGUGCGUCGGCUUCGUUGCGAACAGCCGCCAGUGUUCCUUCGUUGCCCAAUGACUCCGCUUCAUUCCUUCCGGCCGACGAUGAAAAUACUCAGUGAUUUCCCCGUUUGCCUGGACGAAAGGUGCGCCUCAAUGUCUGGUCGCGAUGGUGGCAAGAAAAAACCGUUGAAGGCUCCGAAAAAGGACUCGCGGGAUAUGGACGACGACGACCUCGCCAUGAAGCAAAAGCAGAAGGAAGAGCAGAAAAAGAUCGCUGAAAUGAAGGAGAAAGCUGCCAAAGGACCCCUGGGUGGUGGUGGAAUCAAAAAAUCUGGGAAGAAGUGA